GUUUCUCCUUGUGUCACCACCACCACACUACCACACAGCCUCACUCGCCGCCCUGGUGUUCGGAGCUCCGUGGUGGCCGUGUCAACAGAGGAACACACUCCGGGGCAUCAUGGUGUCGAGGUGGUGUGUCUUGGUGGUGGUGGUGCUGGUGGUGGUCACUUCUAAUGCCACGGAUAUAGGACCUAAGACCUUGCUUCCUGAUGACGUGUUGUUUAAGGACCAGGCUGCCUUCUGCGAGGGUUGCUACGCUAUCGUGCACGAGGCUGAGAAGCUCAUGACGAUAUGGCAGAAGGAGAAAGGUUCCAUCGAGGACCACAUAGACGCUGCUUUCCUGGCCACGUGCACCACUGAUCGCCUCAGGACCUACGUACUCUCUCCGCCCAAGAUGGUGCGUCUGUGCUCCGGCAUCCGAGCUCACUACAUGGACCAGCUGGGCAUGGCGGUUCUCAAGCACUACUCUAAACCCACAUUGCCAGGCGUGGACCAGCUCUUCAAGGACGUGUGUGUGAAGGCCAUCCCAGCGUGUCCCAAAGGCAUCACCCCCAUGUCUGUAGCUAGAGAGGAGAGCAGGAAGAAGGCAGCAGCGGAGAAGGCAGGGAAGGAGGAGGCGACUGACGCUACUCAAACCAAGACAACCAAGACGAAGACGAAGAAAAGCAAAGGGCAAAAGGAGACAAAACAGCGAACGUCUAGCGAACACAAGGACGAGCUGUAAUCCCUCUGCUGUAUAGAGACUGCUUAAUAAUACAGUGGACGUGGCAUUGCUCUUGUAGCGAGUGACUCUUCCUGCUCCAGUGUUGUGUGUGUGUGUGUGUGUGUAGGAUGGAAGAGUGGCAGUAGUAGGAGGAGGAGGUGGUGGUGGUGAGGGAGGAGGGAGAAAAAAAAGAGAAGGGAAAAUGUAACGAUGAAAAAUGUGAUUUGAUAAACGAGAAACUUUA